AUGAUUAAAAUAAGUUUUUAUUUUCCCUUCAAGCGUGCAAUAAUAAUAAUUAGAUUGGAAAAUAGAUUUCGAUAAUGGAUUAAUGUUGAUGGUUAAGUAAAGAACAACAAGAAUAGUUGGCGACUUUAUGAUAUUAAAAUUGAGGAUGAAUUGAGCAACAUGUAUGAUAAAUGUACAAACCUGAACGAAGAUUCUAUUGAUAGCAUACCCAACCUUUUUCUCUCUGGCAGUGGCUUCACUGCAUUCAGAUAAUAAUUAAUUGCAAUAAGAAAAUUUUUUCUUAUAGCCAGAUAACUUGAUUAAUCCCUAUGGCUGUAUGACAUUGUUGACUAAUUCGAGUUCCCCUUAUUUGUUAGGGCGUUCUGCGAAUACAUCUUUCCCUUAGCUGUAUUUUCCAAUGAUUUUACUCGAAAUUGGAGUCAAAGGAUUGUAUGUUUGCCCCUUGUGUAAGGAUUUUACUCUAUGGGAAAAUGGUCUGCGCCAAAUUAUAACAGUCAGGAGAGUGUUGAUCUCGUCAGACUUUUUCGUUUGUCAGCAGUCAACAAAAAAUGA